GGGUCAGUACAAGCCAUGGCUAACACGAUCAUCUAUGUACUUAUAUGGUUAUAACUUAUAUGUUCUUUGAGUGAUUAAUUCGUUGAAUUAAAGAAAAAAGAGAUAGUAAGGAUGGGAAAAGAUUUCAAGAGUAUGGUGACACGAUGCAUCUACGUAGGAAAAGAGAACGAUAACGUGAAGAAGCUGAAAACCGCGACGGAGGAGCUCAAAGAUUUACGCAACAAUGUGAUGAAAAGGGUCAAAAUGUAUGAAGACCAGCAGAAGCUGAAGCGGCUCGAGAAAGUCCAGGUUUGGCUUAGACAAGCCGAUGUAGCGAUCAAAGAAGCAGAAGAGAUGUUGAUAACGAUGAUGUCUUCUUCUUCUUCAAAUGGAUCAAGCAUGAUGAGUAGUCACAAGAUGGACAAGAGGCUUUGCAAGAAGCUGAAAGAGGUUCAGGAGAUAAAGAGUAGAGGAACAUUCGAUGUGGUGGUUGAGAAUAGUGGCAUUGGUGGAUCGAUGAUGAUUUCGACCGUUGAUAGAGAUGAUCAGACGGUUGGAUUGGAGGCGGUUUCGGGGCUAGUGUGGCGGUGUAUGACGGUGGAUAACACCGGGAUUAUUGGGUUGUACGGCGUGGAAGGUGUUGGGAAGACGACGGUGUUGACUCAGGUCAACAACAGAUCAUCAACCUAUGAGCCGAGGAGGGCCGUAGAACAGCCUAAGAGAGCAACGGCGACAGUGGAGAAAUUUCCGGCGAGGAAGCCAGUGGUGAAGGAACGCGACAUCAACGAAAGAGCAGAGGCAUUUAUACAAAAAUUCCGAAAGCAGCUUCUUCUCCAACGUUAGGAAUUAACUGUUAAAUAACAGCAAUGCCCAAAUCUUUUAACUGUUAGAAUCAACUAUCAUUUAUACAUAGAAUCUUGGGAUUGUUAUAAAUCAUCUAUGUACGA